AUGGUGGAGGCCUGGUACAUGGACGAGUCCCCGGAGGACCAGCGGGCGCCCCACCGCCUGCGGCCCAACCGCGCCGUCAGCCUGGAGCAGCUGCGCCGCCUCGGCGUCGCCUACCGCAAAUUGGAUGCUGAUAACUAUGAGACUGAUCCAUGUCUGAAAGAGAUUCGGAGAGCAGAAAAUUAUUCUUGGAUGGACAUAGUAACCAUACAUAAAGACAAGCUUCCAAAUUAUGAGGAAAAGAUAAAAACAUUUUAUGAAGAACAUUUACACCUAGACGAUGAAAUUCGCUACAUCUUAGAUGGAUCUGGCUAUUUUGAUGUUCGAGACAAGGAUGACAAAUGGAUCCGGAUUUCCAUGGAAAAAGGAGACAUGAUAACCCUCCCUGCCGGCAUAUAUCACCGAUUUACACUGGAUGAGAACAAUUAUGUGAAGGCAAUGAGGCUAUUUGUUGGAGAACCCGUCUGGACAGCAUACAACAGGCCGGCUGAUGAUUUUCCGGCUCGGAAACAGUAUAUGAAGUUUUUGGGUGAAGAAGCACAGUAAUGGUGUCUGAGACCUGACAGGUGGAACAGCCUGAAGCCCUGUCAGAAUAAAUGUGACUGGUGGCUUUUCACUGAUUAGACUUCUUCUAUUUACAUAUACAAUUGGAAUCACAGAAUCAUAGAAAAAGUUAGGUUGAAAGGUCAUUUUGAGGUCAUCUAGUCCAACCCCCUGCAAAGUACCAGGCUGACUUUAAAGCUAGACCAAGUUGCUCAAGACCUUGAGGUUUGGAAACCUCCAAUGGUGGAGGUUCCGCAGCCUGUCUGGGCACCCGUUCCAGCACUUAGCUGCUCUCAUGGGCAAGCAUUUGUUCUUCAUGGCCAACUCCCUGGUUGCAGCUUGCAAUUGUUGUCUCUUGCCCUUUCAUUGAAUGCCUGAGAAGAGUCUGGCUCUGUCUUCUCCGCAUUCCCUUCUCUAGUGGGAAACUGUAGUUAGGUUUCCUCUCAGCCUUCUCUUCUCCAGGCUAGACAAACCAGUGUCCUUAGCUGGGCUCUUUUCUGUUAAGGAAGAUGUUCAACACAUUUUGCCCUAGUUUUGACUACUGAGGAAUGUCACUUGUGACCACCUGACAGUUAGACUUGAACCACUGACUGUUUUAGCCCAAUGGUCCAGAAGUUUUUCACCCACCUUGUAGUUCAUAUCCUCAGUCCAGCUACAAGGCUACUACUGUGGGAUACGCUGUUGAAAGCCUUCCUGUGGUCAAGGUGAAUGACAUCUGCUGUUUCCUCUCCACCACAGGGCCAGUCAUUGCCUUUUGGAUGAUCAGGAUGACUGGUCAGGAUGGUCAGGCAGAAUGCACCCUUGGUAAAUUGGCAUUGACGGCUUGCUCCCCAUCACCUGGUAUGUCAUGUGCCUGGAACGGCUUCCAUAACAACUUAUUCUGUAAUUUUUCUGGGGACUGAAGUGAGGCUGACCACCCUGCAGUUCCCCAGAUCUUUCUCGCCUUUUUGAAGGUGGCAGUAUCAUUUGCCUUUUUCCGGUCAAAAAGGUUUUCCUGAUCUCUUUGACCUUUCAGAGAUGCCUGCAGCCUUGCAGUGACAUUAGCUAGUUGCAUUUACAGUUGCUCAGGAAUCCAUUUUCUAACCUCUUUUUCCUUGAUAUUUCUGGCAGGUAGAAUUGGGAGAGGUGGGCUACAUUAAUAUUCAUUCUGCUCUGAAUCCAUGCUAAUGAACUAUGUAGGAUUCUGUUUUUAAUUAAAGAAAAUAAACCCUGCUUCAUUCUUGUCUAAAAAUGUUCCUAAGAUAAAUUUGCAUAAUCGGCAUUUUAGUAUGCAGCUUCCCAAGUUUUGCCCUGGUACAUAAAGCUGUGGUUUUCUCUCAGUAAAAUGUAGCAAUUGGUCUUGUGAGUUAUUAAUAAAAUUACUUUAAGAAGUUGGG